GGGCUGGCGACGAUGGGAGAGUUGCGAUACAAUAUUGAUGGAACAUUGCGACAGGAAACAGAAAGGGAAGCGGCCGAAAGAGAGCAGUGGGAUAGGCGGCGCGGUGGAAGGUGGCAACAACGACCGGAAAAGCCAAAACUUAGCAAAGAGGAGGCACUCGCAGAGGCACGAAAGGCUAUCUUAAUUGAGAACCGCGACAAACGGGAACAAGGGCGUUCAGGUGAAGAGCCUGAAUUGCGAAGUGGAGGUCGGCGGGAGAGAGGGGCGCCAGUGUGGGGAUGGGAAGCAGAUCGUGUGCUUUUCGGGAGAGGGGGCGAGGCACCCUUUCGACGAGAAGACCCUGAAUAUGAUGAAUUCAGAGAUUUUUUCCUAAAAUUCACCGUCAUGCGGGAGAAGAAGCUCAAAGCAGAUGAAGUAGCUGCGAUAAAAUCAGGAAACCCACACCAAGCACCAAAACGUGAUGAGAUAGCAGAUAGUCGACAUGCAUUGGUGCUUUUUGCAGAUUUCCAAGAGAGAAAACGGGAACAAUUGAAGACGAAAAUUGAGAGCGACCGUGCAGCUUUGCCCAUUAAACCGCUGCAGGAAAAGAUCUCGGAAACUGUGCGCGAUAACCGCGUCGUACUCAUUGCUGCGGACACGGGCGCCGGUAAAAGCACUCAGGUGCCUCAGUACCUGCUAGCUGCCGGUUUCGACCGUAUCGCAUGUACACAGCCAAGGCGAAUUGCUUGCUACAGUCUCGCUAGACGAGUUAGCUACGAGAGCAUGAACAUGUAUGGCUCAGAAAUUGCAUAUCAAGUUCGAUUCGAAGGCACCAAGACUACGAAGACAAAGAUUUUGUUUCUUACGGAGGGGGUGCUCCUAAGACAAUUUGCAAGCGACCCGCAACUGCCCAUGUAUAAUGUGAUUAUAGUAGAUGAAGUCCACGAGCGGCAUAUGACAGGUGAUUUCCUCCUGGGAGUACUGAAGCGCUUGCUGUCGCAUCGAGAGGAUAUUCGGGUGAUCCUGAUGUCCGCCACAAUCAAUGCGAAGCUUUUCAGCGAAUACUUUAACGCACCAAUUAUCGAGGUUCCUGGACGCAUGUAUCCUGUUACGAUUGAGUAUCUACCGAUAGAGGAAGAAGACAGGAAUCUGGUUGAUGACAGACUGUACAAUGAAAGAAUGGAAGCCGAAGUACGGCAAUCCAUUCCCGCUCGCCCAACCAAACUUGAUGCUGCACCAUACCUGAGAAUAAUGGAGAAGAUCGAUCAAGUGGUUCCGGACCACGAGCGAGGCGACAUGCUCAUAUUUGUCAGUGGUAUCAAUGAGAUUUCGCUCUUGGCAGAUGAAUUGAAAGGUUAUGCAAACUACACAAAGAAGUGGAUUAUACUUCUGCUGCAUAGUUCUUUGUCUGUGACUGAGCAGGAAAAGGUCUUUGAUGUCCCUCCUGCCGGGGUCCGCAAAUGCAUCCUCUCCACCAACAUCGCCGAGACCAGCGUCACCAUUGACGGUGUUCGCUUUAUUAUUGACUCUGGCAAGGUCAAGGAAAUGGGCUUUGAUCCCGCUGCAAAUCUGUCCCGCCUCUCAGAGUUUUGGAUUAGUCAGUCAAGCGCAAAGCAGCGGGCUGGUCGUGCAGGAAGAACGGGGCCUGGUGAAUGUUAUCGAUUCUAUUCUAAAAAGGAGUAUGACCGCCUUAACGAAUUUCCUGUGCCUGAAAUUCUACGCAUGCCUCUCGAACCACUUCUCCUCCAAAUCCUGGCAUACGGUCUCGGUGAUCCACGAGAUUUUGAUUUCAUCGAGCGACCAGCGGACGCCAAUAUAUCAUUUUCGAUAAUGCGGUUGCAGGAUUUGGGCGCACUAGACAGGAAAGAAGCCUUGACUGCCCUGGGGAGGGUAUUGGCCAUGUUACCCUUGGACGUGGUAUUAGGGAAAAUGCUAAUUUUGGGAUCGAUCUGUGAUCUUGUCGAUGCCAUUGUGGUGAUAGCUGCAGCAUUGAGUGUUCAGUCACCAUUCAUACGCGUCCCUGAGCACAAGGUGGAUAUUCUCGAGAACCGACGAUCUCUUCAAUCCGAUCAUGGUGACCCUUUUACACUGCUUAAUGUGUUCUCAGAAUGGCUCAGAGUGAAAGCUGCGAGAGAGGAAUCCUCCCGAAAUUGGUGCAAGCGUCACGGUGUGGAAGAGCAACGACUAUAUGAAAUGGUGAAACUCAAGAAGCAAUUUGAAGGAGUCUUGCAGGAUUACUUGCGAAUGUCAGCUUCUUCUGCGGGCGAGGACGACAGCGAGGAAGCAAUUGGGCGCAAACGUAAGCAAUAUGAAGACAGAGAUGAUAAGGGGCGGUUGAACUGGAGAGACCCAGAGUAUCAACGUCGACGUGAGCAGAGGCGCAUGCUAGAGCGGCGGAAACGGCUACAGAGUUCCGGAAAACGAAAGAUGCUACGGAUGGAGGAAUCUGAAGGGUUUGAGGCUGGAGAGCAAGACGAACCUGAAGAUGACAUCGCAGACAUGUCAGUCGAUGCCUUAGAGUUUUCUCUUAAGCACGAUGCUCGUGAAUUAUUCCAACGCUCAGAUGUUGGAAACUUGACCGAGAGAGAUGUGAAUCUCCUCAAAUUGGUGGUUUGUUCAGGAUUGUACCCACAUUUAGCGGUUCCAGAUGAGGCGAACCACGUACGCAGAGCAACCGAGCAGGUUUUUCAUACUAAAGGAAAGAGAUUUGUGGCAAUGCAUCCCACAAGUAUUUUUGCGUCUAAACCAGAGUUGGUGCAGCCCAAAGUUCAAGGGACGAUACCUGUUCCGGAAGAUGGCAAGGAAACACUAGCCACCCUUCAUGCACGUACCCAUGUAACAGAGAUGUUAUGCUACUUGGAGCUAUUGGAGACAACCAAGCCGUACCUCAUGAACGUCUUACGAGUACCUGCACUUUCAGCAUGCCUCUUGUUCGGACGUUCAAUCGAUAUCAGCCCAGACACAAUGCAUGUCGUCGUUGAUGACUGGCUACAUCUCAACUUUCAUGAUCCGCACGUUGCACAGCGUGUUUUGGUGUUGGCGAAUUUCUUACGCGUCGCAUGGGAUAUGAUUGUUGGUCGAAAACUGGAGAAUGUGCGCCUUUUUAAAAAUGCAGUACUGUCGUCAAAAGAUGCGACAGAGGUAGUGGGGACCGCCUUGGGUGAUUCAGCCUUACAGGAAGACGAAACAUCAGGACAGUCUGCACGGCACAGUCGUAGAGGACGAACGGAUUGGGCUAAAUUCGACUUCCUGCCAUCGGCAAUAAAGCGCAUGCGCAGAGAUUGGGAGGAUGGCACAAUUUUGGGCGGGAUAGGGGCCUUUGCAGAUAUUGGCGCUGAAGAUGUAUCUGCACAACUGGGAGAUUUCUUGGAUCUGGAUGUGUCCUUCACUGCAGAGCGUUUAAAGAUGCAAGAAGUCUCACAAAUGUUUGGAUACGAUUCAUACACGCCAGAGACUCUCAAGCAGGCGUCGGUUCAAGUUACACCGUAUCUUCGGUACUUUGCAGCCAACCCCAAAAUCGUUACAAGGAAAAUGCGAAAGCUUCUGUAUGAGGAGGUAGUGGAUGACAUGCAGACAGAGCACCCCGAACCAGCAAGUGAUCACGCAAAAGAACUCCCAGUGGAGCCUAGUGUUGACAUGGCCGAGAAAACCACCGAGGAACCAUCAUCACAGUCUGCACAAGAUGCCGCACGCAAGACGUUUGAAUGUAGCAAAUGCGGGAGGACAUUUUUAUUUACCCCAGUUGAAACACUCCGACAUCGCAGAAAUUGUCCAGGCUGAAGCCUCUAUAGUCUCUGUAUCUAUCUAUUAACUUAAAUACGUGUGCAGUCA